AUGGAAAAUGGUGCAAUCUCUGAUAAACAAAUCAUUGCAUCCUCUGAAUGGAAUGAAAAGCACUCUGCCAACAUGGGAAGGUUACACUUUAACGGAGGAGCACUGGGCAAGGCGAGCGCAUGGAUUUCACUCACAAAAGACGCCGACCAGUGGCUACAAAUUGAUCUCUUUAGUUUAGGUAAUAAAUACACCAGAAUAACAGGUGUAGCUACACAAGGAAGAAGGAAUGAAAAACACCAGCAGUGGGUGAGCAAGUAUAAACUGCAGUACAGCAGUGAUGGAGUGAAUUUCCGGUAUUACAAAGAACAAGGACAGACUGUGGACAAGGUAUUAUGAUAUAAAGAACUUCACGGUUGUUCAAAAGGCAGACAGUGUUAUUAUCUACGGAUUAAAUGAUUGCACAGUUGACAAAACACCUGGCUAUGCUUGCAAAAGUCGGCCUUCCACUCUCCAACUGUAACAUAAUUGGUUUCUCUAACACACAUCCACUGGAUAGUUUAUUCUGAGGAUAAUGCUAUCAAGCUUUCGAGCAACCAGAUCCUAGUUUCUUUAACGCUUAUCCCACUUAUCUUUUAAUGCUUAACACUAUGCGGCAGCAAGUGAACAUACAACUGAGAUCAGACUUUAGAUCUCAUCAAGCUGUCCAGGAAGCGACAGUUGCUCGCUGUAAGUAACACUGUUAGUUUUUGCUCCCGUGGUGAGAAAAGCUCUCGCAUGUGGCAGUCCAGCUUUCAUAGCGAUGUUGCUUUUUGAUCCUUCGAUGUCGGCUCUUCCUAUAAUUGCGAAGCAAAAUUCGCCAAGUGAUAGACUGCUCACCCACCAAUAGGGAAUGCGAGCUAGGUUUAAGAAAAAUCAGACUUAAGAUCUCAACAAAGUUGUUAAUGAAGCGACAGUAGCUCGCUAGAAGUGUUGGUUAUUAUUUUUGCUCCUGCUAAACAAAACAUCACCAAUGCCGAGUAAAUAUACAUUUUAAAUUCAUUUACGUCAUAGCUAUAGUUUUGCUAUCUAUGUUAAAAAUUUACCAUCGUAUAUCCCUCUUUGCGGUUUAGGUAUUUGCUGGGAAUGUCGGUCUUAAUGAAACCGUUGUUCAGCACGAUCUUGGUCCACCAAUCAGAGCACGUUAUAUCCGCUUUAGACCAAUGGAGUGGAAUAUCCACAUAGCAAUGAGAGUGGAGAUCUAUGGAUGCACGCAAGGUAAAUGAUAGAUUUUAGGGCAACCUAUGAAGGCAAAUAAUAUAAACUUUUGUUUUUGUUUUUGUUUUUUUAUUUUUGGCAGAAGUGUUAAGUUGAGUCAGUUCUGUUUACUGGGACACGAAAUAAUGCAACAUUCAUUAAAUAAUGAAUUUGUGAAAGAUGUGACCGUUUAUUUGUUGAAAAGAUAUAAAGCUGGGAAAACUCACAUAAAAAAAUAUUACCAAACACACCAUUCCAUAAGAUCAAAGUAGAAAGAAAAGAGGAAAGGGGGAUUUCCUACAUUAGGACGAGUUUUGAGCUACAUUGGAAAGGAGAUUUGGUAAGAAAAAACCAUUUGCUUGCUUUCUGUUUUCGUAGAAUGUACUGCAACAGCUCUUGGCAUAGAGAUGGGAAAAAUUUUUGAUUCUCAAUUUGUUGCUUCAAGUGGUAAUGCUUCGCUGGCAAGAUUAAAUGGACGCUUUGCUUGGUGUCCAAUGAUAGAUGGUUAUGGUGAAUAUAUACAGGUAGGAAUAACUCAAGUUUAUUAAUAUCAUAAACUGUACUCAGCAUUCUUUCCUUACAUGCGGUCAUGUGGAACACUCAUUUAGCUUUUUUAAAACGAUUCGAUUAUUGCAAAAGUUAACCACUUAUAGUUAGUGAGAAAUCUGAGAAAACCUAAGGGCGGCUAAGAACAUUCGAGGCCUAUUGACGAAUUAUUAAAUGAGAUAAAGGUUAAAUUCACAAUUACAUAUGAUCAGAAACUAACAAAGCAUAUCUGCGUAGAAAAACCAGUUUGUAUUUUCGUAAACUCUGGCCACCUCUUGACCAGCUGCGGUCACAGAUUCAAAUAUAGUUGAAAAAAAAAAUGUUAAAGAUCAUGUGUAGUAUAUAACUUGCCACCCGUUUUACAUGUUACCAACACUUGACUCAUUGAAGUAUUUUGUUAAAUAUCAGAAUUCUUUAAUUUUCUGCUCAGGUUGAUCUUGGUCGACUGUACCUUAUUUGUGCUGUAGCCACGCAAGGAAAUCCAGAAAAAAAUAAGUAUUUCUUAAAAGAAUACAAAUUGGGAUGGUCCAAUGACCUGAUUACAUGGGAAACAAGUACUGAGGUAUGGAUACAUGAAACCACUUAUUGUAAUGAUUUAGUAUUUUUUCAUUACGAUCGCUUACUCUCCUUAACGAGACAGGUGAAAAAAUUAAACCAUCACAAUUGCCAGUUUCACAAGUACCCCCAUAUGUUUAAAAUUAUACAGAUAAAAGUUAUCAUGCGGCCCCAGUAACCCUGACGAUAACCACAUAUAUAUACUUUUUAUUAUAUAUUAUACCUACCUGGUCAGAGGUGAAUAAAGUUCUUUUGAUAGCGUUCUUUAGGUACGGAUCAUCUUGGUUUUUCAUUUAGAUAUUUAUUCCAGAACUAUCCAACUUUACAGGCUAUCACAGGAAACACUAACUGGCGGGACGUUGUGAAGAAUUCCAUUCCUGCAAUUUACGCUCGGUAUAUUCGCCUUUACCCUUUAAAGUGGUACGUCAGGGGAUGUGUAAGAAUGGAGCUUUAUGGGGAGCCCUGGCUAGAAGGUAACGUAAAGAUACAACAUUUUUUUAGUUUAAAAAUAAGUUCCAUAACGUCAGAAAAUAAUAUUGUUUUCGUGGGAGCGCAGUACUAGAGACCUUUAGCAUCACGUUUUUCAUGGAAAACCGCAAACCGCAAAAUGUCACGUGACCACGGCCAUGCGGUCACGUUUGCAGUUUCGAUUCACGUUUGAACCGGCCUGGAAGGGCUUCUAGCGGAAAGUGAUUUACGGCAAGGUUUUUGGCACCAAAAAUUGUACAGCCUCGCGUUUAAAGGCACGAACUUGCUUGCUUGUUAUAUCUGUUUGCGAUGUGUUUGUUGGAUUUUGAUCCCGAAUCAAUGAAUUAUUCCUGUUUUUUGGGCGAUAAAAGUGAUGCAGUGAUGCACUUCGACUUGAUGAAAAACAACAUGGCGGCACUAAACAAUACUAAACAAUGAACGCGUGGUUCAAACCGAUUUUAUAUUCCUGCCGUACUAACAUAAGAAAGUUUUCUGUUCUAAUCCAGAGUUAAAAUUUUUUUUCUUUCUUGUCACUGAAUUCAUCACUUAAAAAGUCUGUGUUUAGUUCAUAUUUUUAACGUAUCAGCUGACGCAUCACUCCGCGAAUUUCAUUUUAUUUUAAUUCAAUCUUUCUUUGCGACUGGGGAGCCCAGGCUUCAUAAGCCUUCUGGUUUCCUCUGGCCUCCCUUGCCAAUUACAAUUCCCAUAUGUAUUCUUGUAUUGUAUUAUAUUUUGGCCAAAUAAAAAUGAAAUGAACUGAACUGAACUGAACGCCUUGCUAAAAUUUGAAAUCUCGGCAACGUGAAACUGCAAACGCGUAACGGCAAACUGCGGUUUGCGGUUUGCGGUUUCCCAUGAAAAACCUGAUACUAAAGGUCUCUAUUAUCUCAGCUGCCCUUGGGUAAAGUUUUCAAAUCUAAUUUUUUAGCCUAUUUGAAUAUUUUUAAAUACUUUGGUUACUGUCGCCUUUUUUCUAGUGCCAACUACAAUUUUUACUUCCACGGCUUCAGGUGAGGCACUACAAGGUCACGUCAUCUCCACACUGAAUAACACCAACGACAUAGAUUGCUUUAAACUGUGCUUGGGGACCACUCACUGCGAGUCGAUCAAUUUAAGCGGGAGGAUGAAGAUGUGUGAAUUGAGCAGUUCUACAGCUAAGGCGCAAAUACUUGAGGAACGGGAAGAAUUUCACCUCUUCGAAUCGCCUGCUCACGAAGCGAUCUCUCUUUAA